AUAGCGGAUGGGUCUCUAAGUAGCACUCACUCAUCAACAAACAGCUCACUUCCUCUAUUGGCUUGUUGUCUGCAGACUUCUGGAGUUUGUCUGAAUUAUGGGACCCUACGUUCCUGUGAAUAAGUUCAGCACAAAUGGACGAGAGCCGUCUGAUUACGAUAAUCAAGCCAUGAUGAUUCCUGAUCAGAUUGAUGAUAUGGGAGAAAAGAGAAUCCUGGUGGAACAGGAUUUUGCUGUGGUGGAGGUGGAGCCAAAAGAUGAAGAGUCAUGUGCUGCAGAGAGACUUCAUCACUUGACCAAAAUAGUGACACAAUUUCAAGACCAUCUCCGAGAAAGAGCCUCCAAUCACUUAGGUUAUCCCGGAAAUCAUAAUUGCAGCCAUUAUCUGGCUUUAUCGACGCUUUUACAGUUCAACAUAAACAACGCUGGCGAUCCGUUCAAGGAGAGCGACCAUGGUCUGCACUCGAAAAAGUUUGAGGUAGGCGUUUUAGAUUGGUUUGCUCAAUUAUGGGGAAUCGACAAGGACGAAUACUGGGGCUAUGUCACCAAUGGUGGCACUGAAGGCAAUCUUCAUGGCAUUCUUAUGGGUCGGGAAUUACUGCCAAAUGGAAUUUUGUACACGUCCCAAGAAUCACACUAUUCUAUGUUCAAGAUUGCAAGAAUGUAUAGAAUGGAUUGUGGGACAAUAGCAAGCUUAGCAACUGGGGAAAUGGAUUGUAAUGACCUUCGAGACAAACUGCUUAUCAACAAGGAUAGACCAGCUAUCAUCAAUGUCACUAUUGGGACUACUUUUAAAGGAGCUGUGGACAAUCUUGAUCUAGUUGUACAGACUCUGAUAGAUUGUGGGUUCUCGGACAAUCAAUUUUACAUUCAUUGUGAUGCUGCAAUAUCUGGUUUCGUUGUCCCUUUCCUUAAACAGGUGCAGAAAUUUACGUUCAAGAAGCCUAUUGGAAGUGUGAGUAUCUCGGGCCACAAGUUUUUAGGUUGCCCUAUGCCAUGUGGUGUGCUGAUAACAAGGAGAAGAUACAUUGACCUCAUCUCAAGAAACAUAGAGUACAUCGCCAGUUUUGAUACGACAAUUGCUGGUAGCCGAAACGGGCAUUCACCGGUUUUCAUGUGGUACGUGUUAAACCUGAAAGGUUGGAGAGGACUUGAACAGGAUGUCCAAAAAUGUCUGAGAAAUGCUCGGUACUUGAGACAUCGCCUUAAGAAGGCAGGAAUAAGUUCGAUGCUGAAUGAGAUGAGCAUCACUGUUGUUUUUGAGCGGCCCCCGGACAAUGAAUUCGUUCGUCACUGGCAACUACAGUGUCUGGAAAACAUGGCACAUGUCGUUGUAAUGCCCCAUGUCACUGUUGAAAUGUUGGAACGCUUCCUCUCUGAUCUAAUUCGGAAACGGAAUACCUGGUAUGGGAAAGUACAACCUCCUUGUCUUGCUGAGGAUAUAGGAAUUUGCAAUUGUGCUUGUCCAGUUCAUGCAUGUAAGUGCAAGAAUUGAAGGAUAAGUUGAGGUUAUUUGUCAUAUGCUUCUAUGUAUUAUGGUCGACUUCAAUAACACAUGUUUUACAAAUACUUUUUGCAUCUAUUAAUUAGUGGGCAAUGAAAUGGGUACAAAAAUAUCAAACUUGA